AUACCGCCGUGCCCAAUUCAGGCCGUUUGCGCGCGCGAAGACGUGUAUUUACGCGUUUUUCCUUGUUCUGCCCCAUUGCUGGUUGAAGGCGCCUCGUUUUUGUUCGCGAACAUUCGUCCCUGACGGCGGAUAACUUAUCUACUCGGUGAAUGGCUCGGUGAAUCGUGUAUAUGUACGGAACGGGGGCCCGUUAGCGGUAGCUCCGCGGUUCCUUCCCCAACCUCUACGGUCCACCAUCCACAUGCCGGGUGUACGCUCAGGCCUGUGGCGCCUCUCGUCGCUUGUCGCAGGGCGUGCACGCUCCUGCCGACUUUUCGCAACGUCGACCAGCCCCCCCUCGAUUUUUUCACCGCUCGACACUUUUUCUGCCCGCCACAUUGGUCCCGAUGCGCACGAGGCGGACAAAAUGCUGAGUGCUCUGGGGUACGAGUCGAUGGAGGCGUUCGUCGGCGAGACCGUGCCACCUAAAAUUCGGAUCUCGACCGCCGCCGUCGACGCGAUCCCCGCCCUCAGCGAGUCUGAGCUCCAUGCGCGUGCCAAGGAGCUCGCAGGCCAGAACAAGCCUUUCAAGAGCUACAUUGGAAUGGGAUACCACUGUGCAGUGGUCCCCCCGGUUAUUUUGCGCAAUGUGGGUCUUUC